UCCCUCCCUGUUCUCCCACCACAUCGCCCCGCCACCAGCACACACACCCCGCCCUCCUCUAGUUAGAUGAAUGGAAGUUUUGAGCUGAUCUGGAUGGCAGGAUGUUGGUCACAGUCGGUACUUAAGUGCUGAACCGAUGCAGAGACCAUCUCCACUCAGUCGCACCUCGGCGAAAGGAUGCAGUGCUGCAAGGGCCGGCUGCUUGGCAUUUCAGUGGCCGUUGCCCACGGCGUGUUCUCCGGCUCCCUGAACAUCCUCUUGAAGCUGCUGAUCUCUCGCUACAAUUUUCUCUUUCUGACGCUGAUGCAGUGCCUGACCAGUAGCACCGCCGCUCUGACCCUGGAGCUGCUCCGAAGGCUCGGUAAAAUAGACGUGCCACCUUUCAGCCUGAGUCUGGCCAAAGUGUUCGCCGGAGUCACGCUGCUGUCCACGCUGCAGUCCAGUCUGACCCUCUGGUCACUCCGGGGUCUCAGCCUUCCCAUGUACGUUGUUUUCAAGCGCUGCCUACCUCUGGCCACUUUAAUCAUUGGGGUGUUUGUCCUGAAGAAUGGUGUUCCUUCCAUUGGUGUGAGUGCAGCUGUCCUUCUGACAACCUGUGGAGCAGCUUUGGCAGGAGUUGGCGAUCUCUCGGGGGAUCCAGUGGGCUAUGUGACCGGGAUCCUGGCAGUGCUGGUGCACGCUGCCUAUCUGGUGGUGAUCCAGAAGACGGGCCAUGAGCAUCCGUACGGCCCCCUGACAGCCCAGUACACCAUCGCCAUCAGCGCCUCGCCCGUGCUCCUGCUCUGCAGCUUUGCCAGCCUGGAUGCCAUCAAGAUCUGGUCCUACCCGCCGUGGCGCGAUGCCACAUUCGGCUGUACCUUCACCGCCUGCAUUGUGAUCGGCUGCCUCAUGAACUUCACCACCCUGCACUGCACUUACAUCAACUCGGCGGUAACCACCAGCUUCGUUGGCGUGGUCAAGAGCAUCGCCACCAUCACGGUGGGCAUGCUGGCAUUCAGAGACGUGGCGCCCACGUCCCUGUUCAUUGCCGGCGUGGUGGUUAACACAGUGGGUUCAGUCACCUAUUGCAUCGUCAAAUAUUUCGAGACGAGGCAACAAGCCAAAUAUGAGGAUCUGGAGGAGCUGACCAAGAAGGACGAGGAAGGAUUGGUGGAGUAUCCCGCGGUGACCCCUCAAAUGUAUGAACUAGAGGAAGGUGCCAACGCACGGGCGCUAUCCAAUGGAAGCGUGCAGGCUGACCACAGACCAUUGACUGAAAAUUAUAUCGGGGUCUGGAGGUUAUUGAGACGCUUGCAACUUUUCAGAAAAGAUCCUUCAGUUCAGGAAUCCCAAUAAAUCACGUCCUGUCUUUAGUUUUGGGAAUAGCCGAGAAGGGUUAAUGUAUACGAUUGAAAUAGAGUAAUCGUUUGUAACAGUUCUCACUUCUCCGCCCCACCAGGCAAGGGGUAUAUUAAAGUUAAGGACUGCACUGCCAGCAUUCUGCUUUCAGAAGUGAAAACGGAGUUUAAGUAGGUUCAGUUGAAGAAAUUUUGGGGGAAUAUAUCUUUCCGAGUGUGUACUGUUCUUUUUCUGGCAACAUGAUAAACCGGGGGUGGUUAAAAUUCUGCAGAGUGGAUGUCACCUCAAACAGAGAGGAAUCUACCCUAUUCCUCUUUAUCUCGGUAGCUGCUUUAGGUAAAACAGUAACAAAGCUGAAAUUCCCAGACGCACACUCGGCAACUACCACCACACAGACUGAACAGUAGGAAAGGGUAGCUCGCCAUCACAUUCUCAAGAGCAUCUAGCGGUGGGUGGUGACUGUUAACCUAUCCAGUGACUCCUGAAAAUAAUAGGAAACAGAUAUUUGUAAAUUAUAGGUGCACAGGAAAUAACUAUAAACCAACACUCUCAUUCGGUGAUGGUUACAAUUACAGUACAAUCUGAACUCCGAUGUGAUUACAGUCUGGCCAUUAGUUACUCUCUAUAGUGUUAUUAAUAUUUCCAAGCCCCUCUGGAAAUUACUUUCGAGGCAGAUUAAAGCGUUUAUUCAAAUAAAAAAAUGCUAUUUUUGCACAUUUGCUGCACCCUCUCAUCUUAUUUUCUGGUUGAAAAUAUCUGAAAAUUGCAGUCGCCCUUUGAAGUAGAAAGAUAAACCUGAUGUUCUCACUUUCCAUGUAAUUGGAGUGUGUUUUCGCUUCAUGUGGGACGUCCCCAUUGUUGCUAAAACACCUUGCCAUCUGCUGUACCUCUCUUUGUAAUAAUCUAGAAGCGGGCUGAAGUGGUUCCCUUCGCGCUGCAAUCGCUUCCCCUACUCUCUGAGCGAUUGUCAAAGCCACCCCAAUCGGGCAAAUAAACUUCAUGACCAAAUCUGUCGAUUUGUGUGAUUUUGGAGAGAUGUCAUUUUGAAGAUUAUCAGGUCCAAGUAAAUUAUGUUUGAAGAAAACGUCGAAGAGAUUUCAUUCAUAAACAUCGCCCAUGCAGCAGCCUGCAUGCAGAUAUGAAUGAAUGAACGUAUGAAUACGCAGUAACUGAUCCCGCCCCCGUGGUGAAAGGUGUGAGACUGAGAUCUCCAAAUAUGGAGUUACCUAUAUAUCUGAGUUCAGUCAUGUUGAAGCAGAAGCGAUAUCAGGCGUGAGAUGGAUGGAAACAUAAGUACUCUGAAUGUCAAUGUGCACGAUAUUAAUAAUGGUCAGCUUUUACCAAAAGAUGUAAUUAAUAUGUGAGUUCUAAUUGUACUUUUUCAACCACGUCAAUUGUUUCUGAGAGAUUGAGACCUGUGCUGUUAGCAAUUUACAAGUUGCCUCUGCUGCUUUGUAAUUACAUCCAGGUGAGAGUGUCUCUUUUUAAAUUAGAUGUUAUUGAAGUUUUAUAAUACGUUUUCGUUCAUUUUUUAUAAUACUUUCUGUCGGAUGUUGGUGAACUUUCUCCUUUACAUG